AUGGUUACAAGGAAGCGAGAUAAUCUCGAAUACCCGGGUGACUUUAUUUCUUCUCUUACAGCUUAUGCAGUGAGCAUGUCCCUUUCAAUAUGGAUGGAUAACGUGGAUUAUGAGAAAGAUGACAUCGUGACCAGAUACUGCUCAGAAGGAACAAGAACUACUGUCAUGAUGUUGUUCCCAGCCCGCAAGGCUGCUGAAAGAUGUCGUGACUUCAUUAUCAUUGCUAUCGAGGCAGAAGCGGCGAAGGAGGGACUGGCUGGGAAUGUCAAGACAAUUGAUUUGUGUCUCGAUAGUAAGAGCUCGGUGACUCAAUCGAUAGCCAUUGCUAAGGUGUCAUCCUCAAUAUCCGCCGUUAUACUUCAGGAAGAUCUGUUCCCAAUUGCGAAACAGUAUUGGCGAUUUCGGAGACAGGAUCUGAAAGAUUCCGCCAUAGAUCAUCGUCGAACAUCCCCCGAAGCAGAGAAGAACGUCAAUACUGGAUCAAGAAAUGUUGGACUCGAUGACAAACACAAGGCCGCAACAGAGAGCCGGGAAGACACGCAUUUCCUGGAGGAGCAAUUUGGACGAAACUUAGAUCUCUCAUUUGUCGUCAACGCCAGAAUGGUGAUUCGUCGACGCCUAGCAGGUACCUUACUGUCCGUCGACGACGUUUACCUCUAUUCGUGCGGCAUGAAUGCCAUUUUCAACACGCACCGGAUGCUGCUCGCAGUUCGAGGCCCACGGGAGAGUAUCUCGUUUGGUUUCCCGUAUGUCGACACCUUGAAAGUCUUGCAGAAAUUCGGGCCUGGAUGUCUGUUCUACGGGCAUGGCUCCUUGAAUGAGCUGAACGACCUAGAAGCCCGUCUGCAGGCUGGCGAACGGCACCUGGCCUUGUUCUGCGAAUUUCCCGGGAAUCAAAUGCUGAAGAGCUACGAUCUCCAGCGCAUGCGCCAAUUGCUCCACAAGUAUGACUUCGCUGUGGUGGUGGACGAGACGAUUGGCAACUUGGUCAAUGUCCAGCUCCUUGCCCGGGCCGAAGUGGUGGUCAACAGUCUCACGAAGAUAUUCUCAGGCGACUGUAACGUGAUGGGUGGCAGCGCUAUCCUAAAUUCCGAAAGCCGGUAUUAUUUGCCACUGAAGUGGUCGUUCGAAGCGGGCGAUAACAUUUAUUGGGUCGAGGACGUUUUGUUCAUGGAGCGCAAUAGCCGGGACUUCGUGGCGCGCAUCAGGAUAAUAAACGACAAUGCUGAGGCCAUCUGCCAAGUUUUGCAAGCCCAUCCGCUAGUCAAGGACUUUGCUGUCGUUCACGUUUCACCCGAAGAACAUACGGUGGCAUCCUUUGAUCGCAUCGAGACGGCCAAAGGGCCGAGUCUCGGCACGAAGUUCACCUUGACGUCGCCUUAUGUUCUUCUCGCGUACUAUCGGGAGUUGGAGUGGGCCGCGGGGUUCGGCGUACCGGCCGAUUUGCUGCGCGUUAGUGUCGGGGUCGAGAUUGUGGAGGACCUCAAGGCUCGGUUUGCGUUUGCGCUGGAAGCGGCCGAAGCGAUCGGGUCGGGCACCGUGUGA